AUGACAGCGAGAAAAUCGCAGACGGCCGCAAGGACGGAUGCAAUCAAUGAUUACGAAGCGCUGGACGUCAUUGGGUCAGGCACCUUUGGACUGAUUCGCAAGGUGCGACGGAUCAGCGAUGGUCGCAUCUUUGCUCGCAAGGAGCUCCAAUUUGAGCGCAUGACCGACCGCGACCGGCGGCAGAUCUGCGCAGAAGUCAACAUCCUCCGCACGCUGCACCAUACCAACAUUGUCCGCUACGAGGAGCGGGGCAUCGACAACGAGAACGGCAUCCUCUACAUCGUCAUGGAGUACUGUGAGGGCGGUGAUCUAGGAUCGACAAUCAAGCGGUGCAAAAAGACCAACACGCAGCUCGACGAGGACGUCGUCUGGUCCUACCUCGCCCAGAUGGUCCUCGCCCUGCAUGAAUGCCACUACCGGGGGAGCAACACGAGCCGGGACAGCGCAAUCCUGCACCGGGACCUGAAGCCGGAGAAUGUGUUUCUGGAUGGGCAAAAGAACAUUAUCAAGAUCGGCGACUUUGGCCUGUCCAAGGAGGUGGCCGCCCUCGACUUUGCGAGGACGUACGUGGGCACGCCAUACUACAUGAGCCCCGAGCUAGCUACGGGCGCUCCCUACGACGCCAAGUCCGACAUCUGGGCACUCGGAUGCGUCGCCUACGAACUCUGCGCUCUGGCACCGCCAUUUGAUGCAAACGAUCAGCAGGAACUGACACGCAAGAUCAAGCUGGGCAACGUGCCCAGGCUGCCAAAGGCUUACUCUGGCCAGCUGGGGGACGUGAUCCGAUCGAUGCUUGAACUCAAUCCAAAGCACCGGCCAACGACGCGGGACCUGCUCCAGCACGGCAAGAUUGCCAAUGCACUCCAGGCCCUCGAGCUGCUUGCCUGGUCCGGCCGCAUGGCCGAGGAGAGGGAAAAGCUCCGCAUGCAGUGGGAGGAGCUCGACGAGGGCCGGCGCAUCCUGGCUGAGCGAGAGGCAGCUGUCUGCCACGGUGAGCUCGAGUGGCGGAGGAGAAAGUCGGAGCUCGAAGACAGAGAACGGAGGGUCGAGGAGAGGGAGCAGAAGAUGACGACCUGGGAGCAGGAGACAGCUUCGGCGGCAGCCUUGCCAAACCACCACCGUGGUGCUCCAGCAAGCACGCACCAAGAGCCGGCGCCGACCCGGCCUGCGCUACGCCCAGGCAACCGAAGAGUGUCAUCGGGAGGCAUUCCCCGUCUUCGUUCAUCUCCGGCCAUCUCCAGCGAGGCAGGCAACGGCGCUAGUCACGUCGUCGAGGUCGUCCAUGUCCGGUCGCACGGCACGCCUCGAUCUACGCGCGACCGCAGCCGCUACGGGGUCCGGCCGCUGCUUGGCGGAGUGUCAAGGCAGCGUGAGGAGAGCAACGGUGGCGAUGAAUGGGUCGAAGACGGCGAGUUUGGCUCGGGCUCGGGUUCUGCAUCAAGUACCGGCUCAACGAGCGACGACGUCAAUGUCGAGGUGUCCAACGUGGCUGUGGCAGAGAACAGCCGCGAGGACUCACCGUCGACAUCGAUCAGCUCGAGCUCCGUAAAGGCCAGCUCACGACCCGCAGCUAGUUCAGCGACUUCGACGAUGGCGCGCAGGCAAAACAGCCAGAGCAGCAGCCAUGACUCGGAGACGACCAGUGUGAGACCGUCGGCCAGGAGGAGCGCACGAGUGUCGCAGGUCUCGCCUGCGAUGCGCGCAUGGAUCCAGCAGACGCAAGCGUCGUCAUCUGAAGACCAGGACAUGACCAUGCGCGACGCCUCGCAGAUGAUGGAAGACAAGGAGAACCAUAAUCAACGGCCCCUGCGACGAGCGCGGACGCACUACAGGCUCGAGCAGUAG